AUGUGUGGUAUUAUCGCUUUGAUACAAGCGGACCCAUCGUCUGCCGCCGCCGUUGAUCUCCACGAGGCCCUUUACCUGCUUCAACAUCGAGGUCAAGAUGCUGCAGGUAUCGCUACUUGUGCACACGGCGGUCGGAUCUAUCAGUUGAAGUCGAACGGCAUGGCGGCCAGGGUUUUCCAGGAUGGCUCUAGAGUGGCAGACCUCCCUGGCCCUAUGGGCAUCGGUCACUUGAGAUACCCCACUGCUGGCAGCAGUGCAAACGCCGAGGCUCAGCCAUUCUACGUGAACAGUCCUUAUGGUAUCUGUCUCGCCCACAACGGAAACCUGAUCAACGCCCCUGAGUUGAAGAAACACUUGGACCUCGAGGCUCACCGUCACAUCAACACGGAUAGUGACAGCGAGUUGAUGCUGAACAUCUUUGCGGAUGAGCUGAGUGAGACCAAGAAGGCACGUGUGAACAGGGAGGACUUGUUCAGCAGUCUCAGCAGGAUGUACAAGCGAUGCCAAGGUGGAUGGGCUUGUACUGCUAUGCUGGCAGGCUUUGGUGUCUUGGGUUUCCGUGACUCCUAUGGUAUCCGUCCUUUGGUUCUUGGUUCCCGACCUUCCCUUACCGGUGAGGGUACGGACUACAUGAUGGCUUCUGAGUCUGUCGCUUUGCACCAACUUGGGUUCAGAAACAUGCGCGAUAUCCAGCCUGGUGAAGCGGUCAUUAUCGAAAAGGGUGGUGAGCCGGUUUUCCGCCAGGUGGCACCUAAGAUGGAUUACGCCCCUGAUAUCUUUGAAUAUGUUUACUUUGCACGACCCGAUUCCGUUAUGGACGGUAUUAGCGUGUACCGUAGCCGUCAACGGAUGGGUGACCGCCUUGGUGCAAGAGUUCUCGAUGUUCUUGGGCCAGACGUUGUCAAGGACAUUGACGUUGUCAUCCCCAUCCCUGAGACCUCAAACACUUCCGCUACAUCUCUCGCUCAAUACUUGAACAAACCCUAUUGCCAGGGCUUCGUCAAGAAUCGAUACGUUUUCCGGACAUUCAUCAUGCCCGAGCAGAAGACCCGCCAAAAGGGUGUUCGCCGGAAGUUGAAUGCCAUGGAAGCCGAGUUCAAGGACCGAAAUGUCCUUCUGGUGGACGACAGUAUCGUGCGAGGAACCACCAGCAGGGAGAUUGUUUCUAUGGCAAGGGAGGCCGGUGCCAAGAAGGUUUACUUGGCCAGUUGCUCUCCAGAGAUCACAUAUGCUCACAUUUACGGAAUUGACUUGGCCUCGCCGCAGGAGCUGGUUGCUUACAACCGAGACACCGAGAGUAUCGCAAGACACAUCGGCGCCGAAAGCGUCAUCUACCAGACUCUGGAUGACUUGAAGGGUGCCUGCGCUGAGGUUGCACAGGAGAAUGGGCAGUCCGAACCCCAGAACUUCGAAGUUGGAGUUUUCUGUGGCAACUACGUCACCCCCGUUUCGGAAGGCUACCUCGAUCAUUUGGAGAAGAUCAGAGGUGAAGGCCGCAAGAUCAAGGCGUUGGACAAGGCCAAGGAAGCUGUUACACAUGGCUUCGCUAGCGAGAGGGAUUUCCAGAUUGCCGCCAAUGGUGUCAAGUUGGACGAGAGCGGCAAGAUCGUUCCUGCCGGGACUCCCCGGGAAUCUGAGGUGCCCCAAGUGAGUCUGAACAGUACUCGCAAGGAGGCGCCCCAAGAGCACCCCACCGUGAAGGACCGCAUGGAUAUUAGUCGCAUCACUCGCUCUGCAGCUGCCCGGCAGGCGGCCUUGCUGGCUGUCGAGACCAAGCCUGUCACUGUCAGUGCGGAUAAUCAACGCACUCAGAAGAGAGCAAAGGCUAGCCAAUCUCGUUCGAAGACAAAUUCCCAGAAAAAUGGAAAGAAAAGAGUAUCGGAUAGCACUCCCAACGGUGAGGCUACUUCCAAGAAGAGAAAGGAAAAUGCAAAGCCCAGUGUCAACCCUGACGAAUUACCCCAUAAUAUGGGACCUGCCACUGUUGUGCCCAAGACAUCAGAUAAUAGUCUCGACAAUGUAUCUGAGAAGAAGAGCCCCGAUGUAAAGAAAGAAGACUUGAACGCUCUUGCAAACGAAUUACAGGACACCGUCGACAAAGCCACUGAAACAUUGAAUGAACCUGCGGAGAAGCGAAAGAGAAGCGGGAAAAAGUACCCAUACGGUCUGACUCCAGGAUUCAGUCCCUUUUCCGAAUGGGGCCAUCCAACCCCCAAAGAAUGCGAAGAGGUCAAUCGGCUUUUGUCGAGUGUGCAUGGGGAAAUCACACCGCCGACUACCAUCCCCGAGCCAUCCCUGACAGUCACUGGUUGUGGAGAAGUUCCAUCUGUCCUCGAUGCUCUUAUCAGGACCCUACUGAGUGGUGCUACUACGGGUAACAACUCUGCCAUGGCCUUUAAUGGAUUAGUGCAGAAUUUUGGUAUUCUCGAGGAAGGAAUCGGCAAGGGAAGUGUGAACUGGGAUGCUGUUCGUCAAGCAUCAUUGAAGGAUGUCUUCGAAGCCAUCAAAAGCGGCGGACUGGCGGAUAUCAAAAGCAAGAACCUAAAGGCUAUACUGGAUAUGGUCCACAAGGAGAACCAGGAACGCAGAGACAUCCUGGUCCAAGGCGAUCAAAGCGUAUCAUCAGAAUUGAAGAACAAGCCUGAAAUGGACAAGCAGUAUGAGAUUGCCUGUGCAGACCAAAACUUCCUAUCCCUCAAUCAUCUUCACAGUCUGGGUACAGAACAGGUUAUGGUGGAGCUGGUGAAAUAUCCUGGUAUAGGGCCCAAGACGGCCGCCUGUGUCAUUCUAUUCUGCCUACAACGGCCAUGUUUCGCCGUGGACACCCAUAUCUUCCGCAUUUGCAAAUGGCUUGGCUGGGUGCCACCAGACAGGGCCACCGAGAUCACUGCUUUUAGCCAUCUCGAAGUGCGCAUUCCUGAUCAUUUCAAAUACUCCCUCCACCAGCUUUUCAUUCGUCAUGGCAAGUCUUGUCCCCGAUGUAGGGCGAUUACCGGACAGUCUUCUGCGGGGUGGGAGGAUGGCUGUGUGAUUGACCAUCUUGUGACGAGGACUGGGAAGAGGAAAGGAGAUGUGAAGUCACCUGUAGAAAAGAAGACUGGUCGUCAGGCACGUACUGGGGGAAAAAAAAGAUGCAUGAUAGAUAGUUAG